AUGAAGGUUUACACCGGGACACUUCUGGCAUUAUGCGCGCUUUUUCCCCAAAGUCAUUCCAGUCCUCUUUCCUAUCAUCGUCCACCAACAGUCGUGGGGAGUUUCGAUGAAAUUCGCGCCGCCGAAGCCGUUCAACUAUGCCGCGGCGCCUUGGUGAAUGCCACCCAAGCUGGUGCAGCAUGCCCGCAGCCGCAGCAGGCGGUUUCCAGCUUGCCUCUCUUUGACAAUAUCACAUCUAUGUCGGAGGAUUGUCUCACUCUCCGUAUCGAUCGGCCAGCCUCCACCCCUGCUUCGGCCAAGCUCCCUGUGUUGGUCUGGAUCUACGGUGGAGGGGACACGUUCGGGCAAAUCUACGAUUCAACCUACGACCCGACUGGGCUUGUAACUGGUGCUGCCCAGAAAGGCUUUCCGAUCAUUUACAUUGCCAUGAACUACCGCGUGGGAAUCUUCGGGUUCGCAGACUCUCCCGCACUCGCAGCCAACGACUCUCAGAACGUAGGGUUGCUGGACCAGCGACUGGCGCUCGAGUGGGUGCAGAAGCAUAUCAGUGCCUUUGGAGGUGAUCCGGAGAGAGUCACUAUUGCUGGCGAAAGCGACGGCGCAACAGCUGUAGGCCUUCAGAUUACUGCGUACGGCGGCCGAGGGCACAAAGCCCCCUUCCAGCGCGCCAUCAUGGAAUCGGGCAGUCCCAUGGCCGAUACAGACACAGCCAGCAACAUCUCCGCGGUCCAUACUGCCCAAUUGACUCAGAUUGUCAACUGCACCGCAUCGACCAGCACGGCCGAGCUGCAGUGCCUCCGAGCCCUAUCCAUGCAGCAGCUCAACGUAGCGGCCGUUGCGUACGAGGAUGCAGUGGGCGGCGAUUCGGGCAUGGAUGUCUUCAUUCCGACCUCCCCAUCCAGCUUCAUCCCGGAUAGCCCAUCCAAGCUUCUGACUACUGGUCAAUUUGCCCGCAACAUUGAUAUCCUCGGCGGCUGGAACGAGGACGAUGGUACCUUUUCCACUCUUUCCACAAUUGCCUCCAGCACAGACGUGGCUCUGUUUCUGGCCGCCUCCUAUCCCGCCCUUUCUUCCGCCCACAUCAAGAAAGCCCUGGAUCUGUACCCGGUCUCCGACUUCUCUGGCCUCUCCUCCGAGAACAUCUCGGCGCAGUACUUCCGGGCCAGCCAGAUGCAACGCGACGCCGCCUUCGCCUGUCCGUCGCUCUACAUGGCGCAGAUGAACGCACAGUAUGCCACUGAUCUAGCCACCACAAACUACCUGUUCGCCCUCAACCAAACGUUGUUCCGCACCUGGUACGCGGCCGCCAAUGCGUCCUACCUCGGUGUUUCUCACUUCAGCGACAUUCCGUACGUCUUCAAUCAAGCGCAGGGGAGUCCGCGGUACGCCGCAUACGCCACUGCAGCAGACCGCACCCUCUCUUCAGAGAUUAGCGGGAGCUGGGCUGCCUUUGCGACUUUCGGGUCGCCCUCGCACGGCAAUGGUACUAUCACUGGAUGGAAGGGGUUCACAGCCUCUCCUUCCUCUCUUUCGGCUGCUACUCCUGGUGCUGAAUCUUCUCACAGGAGCCAUGUCACGAACCAGGAUGACGAUCAUUACUAUAUGCAGGUCAUUGGGGGACCGGACAGUGGGAUCCGACAGAUUGGGAAGAACGUCACUCGGGGUGGCUACGAGGAACUUGCUGCCCGGUGCGCAUUCUGGACCUCUCGCGAGAUCGUCGAGGCACUGCAGGUUUGA